AUGAGUCUCUGCCCGCCCACGCCCGCCCACGCCCGCACCCACACCCACACUCGCCCAUCAAGUCUUGUACCGCGCAAGUCUUGUACUCUGAUGCGUUGCUCUCCGUAUCCGGUGGUUGUGGAGCGUCUGCUCGAUGUAAAUGUGAAUGUAGCGCGCGUUCAGAGCACAUACGUUCGAGCUGGACGUCUGAGAAAGGCAUGCAUGGAAAGAAGAUACAGGAAGUGUGAGGAACCCGGACACACUAUGAAAGGCCCACAGACCAAGUGGCAACAUCUCCAAACUUGUCAGCACAAGCGGGUCGACACCGUAGUCCUGCCCUCCACCCUCGAUCACAAGAUUUACAAGGACGAGGCUGUUUUUCCUCUCGCACCACAUCGACCUGUCAGGCCGGAGAGAGACGAGCGAACGCCGCGGACCUGCGCAGGUGUCCCGAACCCUCACAUCAUCCCUAUAUUUCAUAUCAUCACGUCUCCGAGCGCAGUCAUGCCUCUUUCUGGGCUUUCUCCGGUCGGCUGCGUUUGCGUCCUGAGCCUCUGCAUCCUGCUGCCGUCUCCGGGUCACUGCGGUCCGGUUCCUCCGCCCGAGGAGCGCCGCUCCGCUCCAGGUGUUGAGGAUGACGUGGCCGUGCAGGAGGUUCUGGGUCAGUUUCUGGAGGUGUUGAACUGGACGGAUCAGGGGCCCCGACCGAGGCCCCGCUCCGGACGCACCGAAGCGCCCGAGUACAUGCUGGAACUGUACAACCGAUUCGCCAACGACCGCAGCGCCGCGCCGUCGCCCAACAUCAUCAGGAGCUUCAGGAAUGAAGACCACGCCUCACACGGCGUGACGAUCAAAAGCCUUCGAACGCACCGUCUCCUGUUCAACAUCUCUGUCCCGCAGCAGGAGCGUGUCGUCAGCGCCGAGCUGCGUCUCCACAUGCUUCUCAAGACAGACUCACGUCAGCGUAUCGGAGCGGGCUGGAAAGUGAGCGUAUUCGGCGCACAACAUGACGGACGCUGCAGGAACGCCGAGGGCGAGAGAGAUCCGCUGGCGUCAAAGCACGUGCGUCGCAAAAACAGCGGCUGGGAGGUGUUCGAUAUGACGAACGCCGUCCAGCAUUGGAAGAAGGUCAAUAAUGUGACGCCCAGACUGGAGGUUCGUAUCGAAAACCUGCACGCGUUUAAGAACACGGACGAGCGGCCCGUCGUAGACCUGGAUGUUGACAGAGAUCCGGAUGGAAAGCUCGAACCUGCGCUGAUCGUCUUCUCAGACGACACGAGUGAAAACCAUCGGGGCGGACGGAACGAACUCCAGUGGUUGAACCAACGCUGGACGGAUAAGAAUCAAGACGAGGCGCUGUCAACCCAAACGCGCUCCAAUCUCAUCUACGACGACGGGCCGAGAGUCCGGCGCAGCGCUAAAACAGAGGACUGCAGGAAAGCCGAGAUGUACGUGGAUUUUAAGGAUAUCGGCUGGGACUCGUUCAUCCUGGCUCCGGCCGGUUAUCAGGCGUUCACCUGCCGCGGCGCCUGCAAUUAUCCGCUGGCUCGGGAAGUGACGCCCACCAAACACGCCAUCGUCCAGACGCUGCUCAAUCUGAAGAGUCCGCAAAAAGCCGCGCAGGCCUGCUGCGUUCCCACCGAGCUCAAGCCCAUUUCCCUCCUGUACGAGAACGAGAACGGCGUCGUGGUUUUGAAUAAUAAAUACGAGGGCAUGGUGGUCAAGGAAUGCGGAUGCAGAUAGUCCAAAACAGCAGAAGAAAAGACUGAAACCACGUGAAUCAUCUUGCAGCUCGUCAAACUAAAUAAGAGGAAAAUGAAGUCGUUGCACACGUGCUGAACAUCCAGAAUCUAAAACAGCAUUUUAUCGUGUAUAUUUAUUAGUUGUACAUUAGUCUGUUUUCUAUUGUAAGAUACAACACGCUGCUUUUAGGUGUUUAAUUAUUUAUCACUUAUUAUGAGAGAAACUCAAAACUAAACCUGCUUGAUUUGAGCUUUGCAUUUGUUUUUAUUUACGUUCCAAUAGGGUGUUUUUGCCAUAGAACGACCAUUUUUAGUUCCUCAAAGAACCUUUAAGUGUUCACUAUUAAAACAACCAUUUUUGUUAAAGAACAUUUAAAAAUCUUUACAAAUAAAGUUUCUUCAUUAGCACUGAUGAUUCCAUGAAGAACCUUUAACAUCCUUAAAAGGAAUAAACGUUCUGUAUAGUGGAAAAAUGUUCUUUACACUAAGUGAAAGUGAUUCUUUUAAGAACUGAUCACUGAAAGGUUCUUUGGCCCAUAUAGCAAAGCAAAUUAUUUUUAAAUAUAUUUUAAAAAAUAUACAAAAAAGCACACAAAAAUAAAAGUUAAUAUUUUUUGUUAAUACAUUUAUUUUUUCCCUUUUUUGUGUAUAUUUUUGAAAAUGUUUAAAAAAAUCGAAAUAUAUUUUUAAAGCAUUUAAAAUAUGUUUUGCUGUCUGUAUAUUUUAAUCCAAGAUAAUACAUUCACAUCACAUUUUAUCAAAUUUUUAAAAAAAUUCCACUUACUUCAACUUAAAAACUCAAACUUAUUUUAAAAUAAAUUUAGCCCAUGUAGCAAAGCAAAUUAUUUUUAAAUACUUUUUCAGAUAUAUUUUGAAAUUUACAAAAAAGCACACAAAAACAAAAAACAUAUUUUUUUUGAUAAUAAAUUAAUUUUUCCCUUUGUGUGUGUAUAUUUUUGAAAAUGUUUAAAAUACAAAAAUAUAUUUUUAAAACAUUUAAAAUAUAUUUUGCCAUCCAUAUAAUUUAAUCCAAGAAAAUAUAUUCACAUCACAUUUGAAGAAAAGCUUAUACCACUUACUUAAACUUAAAAACUCAUUUAUUUAUUUUCAGUUAUGUUUUUAAAUAUAUUUUAA